CAGUCCAAAGAUUUCUUUCCUGCUUUAUGGAGCAUCUUAUGAAUCUCUGUGACAAGGAAUCCUGUUCCCCCACUAUUUCAUCGAAACUGCCAAGCACCUGCGUAACCACUCGAAAAGUUGCAGAUGACGAUGAACGCUUAAUAAAUCAUCUUUCAAUUGAUGUCGCAAAGGAAACUCUGUUGUACUGGGACAUCCAUUCCCAGAUUGUAGCAAAACGAGUGUGCUUUUUGUGGAAUAAAGUACUGUCUACCUACAAUACAUCCGAAUGCGUGACAAUUGACUUCAACAGUAACAACAUAUCGUCAGUUCAACAACCCACCCAAAAUUAUAACUAUGGAUUUGUCCUGCAUCGUGCCGUCAACAGUGCCACCAAAAUGCUGUCGCUCAUUAACCUACGCCAUCACGCUGCCAACAGUUUUGUUGUUGUGGCGUUACUGGACAUUACCGUCACCGUACUGGCCAUGAACAACAUUUACCUAUCGGUGCUGCUGGUGAAACAUUGUGACGUCACAGUUAGUCGACCGCUUUUCACCGUGUAUGGUUGUGAUAACUGGAUCAACACAUGUUUCCGCAACACUGCGGUCCGUCACAGUUCCUUACUGCCUUUACGCAUGAUAAAAGUGUGCCGUCAGUUACUGAUAUCCCGGUAUACUGUGCACUUUGAAGUGAAUUUCGAUAAGAAAACGUUUCCCGACUAUGCCGAAGAUCGGAUGCCGGGCUUCGUCGGUUCCAGUGCACCGUCCCAUCUGAACCUCGAAAUUCCUCAUCUAAGUUUCGAUUCCGAGGAGAGCACUGAAGAGCGCGCGUACCGUUUCCUGCACACAUUGGAUGAACGUUGUCCCCCAGUGGAUAUUGUCACGCGAGAACAUCUGCGGAAACUGCACUCUGGCUGGGCUCGCAAAAUACCGUAUCCAGGGAAAAACUGGGAGGUCUUCAAGCAGCAUUUAGACUAUUACCAAACUCGCAAGCCAGCUGCUCCAGCCGUAUAUUGGAACGUUCCGGAUCUAAGAAAUUUCGAAAGCCUUUCUUUUUUGGAAACAUCUGUCUAACGAUUCUCGCUCGAGACUAUAUUAAGC